UUAUGUAUUUCAUUUUUCCAAUAUACAAAUAUUUAAAAGAAAACGAUGAUUAUUCCGAAUUGAUCCCUUAUGUACACCUGAUUAUGCACAAUUUACAGAAUUUAUAUCAUGUGUGCUUUAUUCGUAGCACCAUGGGCGCGCGAACGUAACAAACUAACUGUUUAUUUGCUGACGUUGCACUCCGUAAUCUUUUUACCCGCCUAUCGUUCUCUGCAACUCACCGCCAUUCCACCUCUCCCUCUCUCUCUCUCUCAACACUCUCUCACUAAAUGACAGUUUUACAGAGAACAGGCACUUCGAAGAUAGAUCGAGAACCCUAAUUUUCUUUAAUGGUUUCUUCGAUUGGUUUCAUAUUCAUAGGUUUAUGCUUUUGAUGGAUAUACUGGUCGUACGUUUUUGUUUAUCUCUUAGAACAGUGAAUAUUUUGUAUCAAAUGAUCUAAAUCGUGUGCGAAUUGUGGAUUUCUAUGAGAGUAUUUGAUUGCAAAGUGGUUAACUGAUGCUUUUCUCGUUUUUAACAUAAAUCGCUCAGUUGAUUCAUCGUGCAGUUAAGUAUAAAUCACAUUUUGAUUCUUAUAAGUGAAAUACGCUCUUUAUAAUCAUGUUCUUUGAUGUUUUCAGGCGGUUUUGAAGAAGUAUUUGGCUAAUUUGUCUACCGAGAUAACUUUCAACAAUGACUUGUCGCUUUAGAUGCUUGUACUUCAAUGUGUUUGCGUUGUUGGUGUUUCUGGUGCCACAGGGUUCAACGCAUACUGAUAAUUCCGAUGUUAGAGCUCUACAAGAUCUGUAUAGAUCUUUUAAUACGCCACCUCAGCUCAAAGGAUGGAAAUCAAAUGGUGGUGAUCCAUGUCAAGAAUCAUGGACUGGAAUUUCCUGUGCUGGUUCUUCAAUCAUCCAAAUUAAACUUGACAACCUAAACAUCACUGGAAACCUUGGCUAUCAGCUCAAUAAUUUCCAUCACUUGAAGCAACUGGAUGUGAGCAACAACAACAUUUAUGGUGAAAUUCCAUAUGGUCUACCUUUGAAUCUAACUCAUUUAAAUUUGGCUUGCAACAACUUAAGUCAAUACAUACCUUACUCAAUCUCUUCCAUGAAAAAUCUUCGACACAUGAAUUUGAGCCACAAUUUUUUGUCAGGGCCUGUUGGGAAUGUAUUUACAGGCUUAUCAUGUCUGAAAGAAAUGGACCUCUCAUACAACCAAUUUAUCGGAGACCUACCAAGUUCAUUUGGAACACUGAGAGGCCUGUCAAGACUGUUCUUGCAGCAUAAUGAAUUCACAGGGUCAGUCAUCUUUCUAGCUGACCUUCAACUAACGGAUCUGAACAUACAAGAUAACCAUUUCAGUGGAAUCAUUCCAAAACAAUUCCAAACUAUACACAAUCUAUGGUUUGGAGGUAACAUGUUUGAUAAAGGGGACAACAGUCCACCAUGGGAUUUCCCCAUGGAAAAUCCAAAUGAGCAGCAAAACAAUACUUCUCCACCAUCUACAGAGUCAUCAAGUGCAGUCAAGAGUUAUCCUUUGAUUGAGCCUGUCAACCACAAGAAGAAAAAAUCAGGCCACGUGGUCAUUUUUUAUGGUGUAGGUGCUCUAAUGGCAGCAUGUUUUGUAAUCUUCAUUGUGAUUCGCUUGCGUAAUCAUUCUAGAAAGCUUAGAAGACCGGCCAGCAGUGAAGGGUCACAGCCCUCUCUUCCAGUCAGUAUGCCCAGAGAUACAGAUUGUUCGUCGACAGCUCUUGACGAGAGCCCAGAAGUGUCAGUUAUCAGCUCACCCACCACUGGCCCAAGGCAUGCAGCUCCAGUUCGUACAAAAGUUGUGAGAGUGAAUAGAAGAAGAAGCUUUGCUAAAAAGAGUAGAAUGCCAAUCGGUGCAACUUUAUACACAGUGGCAGAAUUGCAAUUAGCAACAAAUAGCUUUGACCGAAGUAAUUUUCUUGGAGAAGGCUCUCUCGGAUCUGUGUACAAAGCAGAGUUCCCUGAUGGACAAGUGUUUGCAGUGAAGUGUAUAAACACGGUGGCAUUAUCUCUUCACGAAGAACAGCAGUUUUUGGAGGUGAUUUGGAAUGCAUCGCGUGUAAGACAUCCAAACAUCAUACAGCUUCAUGGAUACUGUGUAGAACAAGGGCAGCAUAUGCUUGUGUAUGAAUAUGUAAGAAAUCUGUCUCUUGAUUAUGCUUUGCAUUCGGAAGCAUACAUGCCUUUAUCUUGGGGGCUUCGUCUUCGGAUCGCUCUUGGAAUCGCUCGAGCUUUGAACUACUUGCAUACGACAUGUGCGCCUCCUUUAGCUCACAGAAAUUUGAAGGCUGCUAAUGUUUUACUUGAUGAAGAUCUAACGCCUCGGAUCUCCGACUGCUAUCUCGCUGUUUUGAAGCCCCUAACAAUCAGCAGUGCUAGAGCUCAGGCUUCUGAGACGGAUACCGGUGGCAUUUCUUAUGAACACACGAAACCUGGAACUGGUAACCAAAAGGACGACGUUUAUGCGUUUGGAGUGCUGCUUUUGGAGAUUUUGACUGGAAGGAAGCCUUUCGAUGGAGAUCCACUGAGAGACGAGAGUUCGCUAGUGCAAUGGGCUUCUUCCAGACUUCAUGACAGUGAAUCGUUGGAUGAAAUGGUUGAAGCAGGCAUCAGGAAGACAAUUCCCCCAAAGGUUCUGUCGCGAUAUGCUGAUAUUGUGUCGCUUUGUACUCAGGCGGAGAGGGGAUUCAGACCUUCGAUGACGGAAAUCAUGGAGUCACUGGGGCAAAUGCUGGAAGAGUACAGGAGAAUGAGAACGGGGGUGGAUACUGAUUUUGAUCCGUAUGAGAGGUCUUUCCGAUCAACAAACUCACGCUUCAUUGGGUCACCCACGGUGAGCUAUAUGUCUAUCUGAAUCUGAUCCAUGAUAUAUGAUUGUCAAACAAGUCAUGUGUUCCUGUUACCAUGGUUAUGUUCCAACAAGUCAUCAUAUAUGAUUGUCAAAACUCAAAAAGAUUUUGCGCUAAUAUUUUUUUGAAUGUAUCAAGUCAUCUUCAAUAAUUUGUAAAGGGAAAACAUAAACGUAAAUAAAAAAAAAAAUCAAUCUCUCAAGUGAUAUUUUUUCCUUAA